AUGGCUCUUCUUCUCUCGUGCUGCUUCUUUACCGCUCUUUCUCUUGCUCAUGGAGCUCCCACUAUUCACAUUCCUCCUUCCCAGCCUCCCACAGCUUCUGAGAAAACAUGGUUGGAAAGAAAUCCUACAAUGAAAUUUAUAGUGGCAGAGACGCCAGUGUACGGACCUAAUUACAACAACCCUCAAGUAGUUGAAGAUGCUUCAGUGGCUUUGGCUGCUCAGAGAACAUUCAGAAAAGAUCCUCUCAAUGGUUUCCAGAGAUAUACUGGAGGAUGGAACAUCAGCAACCACCAUUACUGGGCUUCUGUGAGCUAUACAGCUGUUCCUCUCUUUGUUGUUGCUGCUGUCUGGUUUUUGGGGUUUGGCAUCUGUUUAUUGGUUAUAUGUGUCUGUCACAUAUGCCAUAGAAGCAAAUCUAUUGGAUACUCAAAAGUUGCUUAUGUUGUCUCCCUCAUCUUCCUCCUCUUCUUCACUCUUAUUGCAAUGUGA